AUGUUCCUGACCAAACAAUCAGAAACAGACCUCCUGCGGGUGCUGGAGGGUAUACCAGAACUGGUUGUGUUUCUAAGAUUGAUAAGGAGAGUUUUCAGAAUUCAGCGUAUAUUGCGGGAUAGACAGGAUCCUUUAGCUCAGCGCGACAGUGUGCUCAUAGAGAGAUAUCGAUUUUCCCGUGAGGGUAUUAUUUACUUAACCAACUUGUUGGAUCCCUAUGUUAAGAGUUCCACUCACCGUAGUUGGGCAUUAACAACUGCACAAACUGUGUGCAUUGCCUUGCGUUUCUUUGCGAGUGGCACGUUUCUGUACGCUGUUGGAGACGCACAGAACAUUGGCAAAAGUGCUGUCUGCCGUUCCAUUCGCAAAGUAUACCUGGCACUCAAGCAUUUCCUGGGUGUGUUUGUGGUUUUUCCAAGCCACUUAAGACCACAGGUUGUCAAACAGGGCUUUUUUUCUAUUGCAGGCUUCCCUAAUGUGAUUGGUACCAUAGACUGCACACACAUUGCGAUCAAGGCCCCCCCAGGCCCCAAUGAAGGGGAUUUUGUCAAUCGAAAGGGGGUUCACAGUAUAAAUGUGCAGGGGCCUACGAUGGGAUUCUCCUACAGGGGUUAUGCAUGCAGGCAGUACUUCAUGACACCAUUCCCUGACCCCAACCCUGGGCCACGAACCCGCUACAAUGCAGCUCUAGCCAGGACAAGGGCACGCAUUGAAAUGACCUUUGGGCAAAUAAAGGGAAGAUUUCAGUGUCUGAAAAGUCUGAGGGUUGCACCUGACAGGGCAUGUGACAUUAUUGUUGCAUGUGCCGUACUGCACAACAUUGCCACCAUCAGAAAGGAGAGGACUCCUGUGGUGGAGGUGCAGCCUGAUGAUGACCUCCAGCCAGUGCACUUGGACCAACCUAGUGGCAGAGCUGCACUGGACAGAAUUGUGCAACACUAUUUCGAAUAUUAAAAACAUGACAAAACAUA